AUGCUGUUCUCCCUGCGCGAGCUGGUGCAGUGGCUCGGCUUCGCCACGUUCGAGCUGUUCCUGCACCUGCUGGCCGCGCUGGCGUUCAGCAUGCUGGUGGCCCUGCGCGCGGACAUGCUGGCGCCGUCGCUCUCCUGGUGGCUCGUCUUCUCGCCGCUCUUCGCCGCCGACGGCCUCAGCACCUACUUCACCGCCAUCGUGUCCAUCCGGCUGUACCAGGAGAACGAGAAGCGGCUGGCGGUGCUGAGGCUGCUGUGGGUGCUCACCGUGCUCAGUCUGAAGCUGGUGUGCGAGGUGCUGCUGUGUCAGAAGAUGGCAGAGCAGGAGCAGGCUCGCGAUCUGUGGUUCGGCCUCAUCGUUUCGCCGCUCUUCAUUCUGCUGCAGCUGCUGAUGAUUCGAGCGUGUCGAGUCAACUGA